ACAGAAAAAAAUGGUCACUAGAGAAAGUUAGUAUAAUUUUUACGACACGAUUCUUUAUAAGACUCAUUUGCUUCCUCCACACAUCGUAAGAAAUAGAAUUAUGACAAACGAAUUAUCAUUUGAAUCUUCAAGUCAAAAUUGUUUAUAAAACCAUGUUUUUUAACCAACAGUUUCCAUGGAUAUGAUUUUCCUGUGGUUAAUAUUUUCAUUGGUUCAGUAACCUUGGCAGAGGAAAAAUAUCAUCACAUGCAACAUUUCUGCAACCCUUUGGCAAAUAUGGUUGUCAAUAAUAUUCUUACAUGUUUACCUUUGUUCUGAGGAGAAAAGAAAAUCUAAAAAAUUUAUACCAUUCAGUUGUGCAGCUGACUCCGAGCAAGAAGCCUCAAACUGUUUCCUUCAAAUAGUGGUCUUCAAGGAAAGUGGCAUAUCUUCGCAUCUGGAAUUAUUGAGAGCUUGUAUUCAGUAUGGGUCAGACCGAAUCAUCGUCAUCGGGAAAUGCAGGAGCAGGCGUAACGGGAACUAUCACGCCUGCUAACCCUUUCGACAAGGAUGCAGACGCUACGGCUCUUUACGAAGCUAUGGCCGGAUUUGGUACGGACGAGGAAGCCAUCAAUGCCAUUCUUACCAAGAGGUCAAACGGUCAAAGACAGGAGAUCAAGGAAGCUUUUAAGCUCAAGUAUGAGAAGGAACUCGUUGACUGCUUGAAGGAUGAACUGAGUGGUGAUUACAGAAAGACUAUCAACGCCAUGAUGGCCGAACCUCCCGUAAUGAUAGCGCGAUGCAUCAAAGAAAUUUGCGAAUGUGGAGGUGAUGAGAUGGAGAAGGCUCUACUCGAGAUCAUCUACCCAUUAAAUCCAAAUGAUGUGCUGGCCAUCGCCGCUGCAUAUAAAGAGACUUUCACCACUGACUUGACCGAAGAUGUGAUGAAAGCCGAUGAUAAGGGAGCGUUCAAGAAUGUGAUCGGUAACAUCCUAGUGGGGGAACGUUCAACUUCAGUAUUCCCAAACAUGGUCCAGGCAGCUGAUGAUGCUGCUUACUUUUUCAAAACGAUACCAGAGGAUUGGCAGCUGCCUAAUGAACGCGUUGAGGAACUCUUCGGUAAGGCCAGUAUCGCCCAGCUGAGUCAAACCUUCGCCCAAGCCAAUGCGCAAUUCCAGGCCAACAAGCAGAGUUUGGAAACAGUUGUAAAGGGUAGUAAAAUGGCUGAAAAUCAGAAAGCUGCCUUCAGUAUCAUUUUUGAGAGUAUCCACCAACCGAUUCUCUUCUACGCCGAUUCUCUGUACUAUGCGAUGAAGGGAUUAGGUACCAAUGAUGAUAAACUCAUCCGAAUCGUCGUUGGCAGAUCCGAGAUCGAUCUGGCUUCUAUAAAGGUGAUGUUCAUGGAGAAGCACGCUACACCGCUAGCUACCAUGGUCACUGAUGAUACCAGUGGAGACUAUAAGAACGUGCUUCUUGGUAUCAUCAACGCCAAUGAGACGGCCACCACUCAAUCGACAACCAACUAGUCAUCGCAUUAACUAGUCAGCACAUCAAAUAUUCAGUAUAUCACCAAGUCAUCACAUGUUCAGCGCAACAAUUAGUCAUCAUAUCAAAUAGUCAAUACAUCAACCAGGCAAUGCACCAACUAGUCAUAUCAUAUCACCUCAUUAACUAGUCAUCCAACUAACUAGUCAGCAUAUUAACUUGUCAUCACAUCAUAAUUAUAUUCAGUGGCGGCACCGAGGGAAGAUAGGGGGGUAUGGAGACAUCCCCUAUAGUUCAAAUGCCCUCCCCCUCCUUUGUCCCGAGGCAAACUCUGAAAAAAGUAAUGAAGGGGAUACAAAUGGAGAGUAAUCCGCCCUUGCACCCCUUCAUUAUUUCAAUUUGCCCUCCAUUAGCCCAAUCACUAUACAACAUCCUAGUAUUGCCGCUACAAAUAAUUGUCACAUCAACUACAACCAGGGGCGGAUCCAGGAUUUUCCAGAAGGGGAGCACAUUUUCCUAUGAAAAUUUGACAAGUAAAAAAAGGUUUUUUUAAAGGUUUUCACCUAAAAUCGGAGGUCAUUUUGUCGGCAGAAAAUUUGAAAAGCAAAAGAAAGAAAACAAAAGGUCCUUGCUUUCAAGGGGGGGGGGGGCACACUUGGGUAAAAGUGGUAUAUUUACUUUACAAAUUUUGAUUAUGGCUCUUAAAAAGGGGAGCACGGGCUGGCUGUGUCCCCCCCCCCCUGGAUCCGCCAGUGACUACAACUUAUUCAUCAUUUCACCUAGUCAGCAUAUCAACUAGUCUUCACAUAAAAUGAUCAUCACAUCAACUAGUCAGUACAUCACCUAGCAGUACAUCAACUAGUCAGCAUAUCGAAUAGUCAUCACAUCAGCCAACGGACUACUGCAUGCGUUUACCAUACCAGGUUAAGACUUGAAGUGCUUUGGAGCACAUGUAAAUACUUUUCCAUUUUAAGUAAUAAAGCAAUAUAUAUUAUACAUUUUAAUCGAUUGUAUAGACUCAUAAAGAUUGAAUUUCUCCUUACGAAUAUUCAAAGGCAUAUAUCACAUAUACGCUAGGUAUUCCUUUAAUGAAAAUGUAUUUUACUGGUAUUAUAAUUAUAAUUGUAAGUAUGUUACAUUGGACAAAACUUUGUGAAUUUUUAAAUUUUUGCAAUGGGAUAUGGAAUUUAUUUAUUGAUGAACCUGUGUGAGAGAAAAGAAACCCUAAUGUGAAAAAAAUAUUGAUCAAGGUUUAUUUAAAAAUGAUUUUAUUUCCUCUUUUGAUGGCAUGAAUGAAUGUAUUUAUGAAAGUAUUUUAUCCUCUUCGGUCAUUUAAAAGGUAAACAUUGGAAGUGUGGUUUUAUUUGUCUACACUUUUCGGAAUUUUGCAUUAUAUUACAUAUAUUUAUAUGAUUGUAAAAAUUAUGAAAAUCGCUUGAUUAAAUUAAUUUUCUCUUUUAUUCAUUCCAAAAUUUCGAUAAUAUGCAAUAGCUUUGAAUAUUUGAUUGUUCGUACAAAAUUAGAUUAUCUAAAUAUUAAUUAUUUUUCUCUGGAAAUAUAACUAUAUAUAGCUUUAUAAGGUAGAUAAUAAUCGUAAUGAGAAUAAAUAAAGAAGGGAAGCCAAAAUAAAGAAUUUGAAUAGUUUUCUGUUUAGUGUUUUGGGGUUUCCUGGAUAAUCUAUAUGUAUUAUAUAGAUAUGUAAAUUCCUUUGGAGAUAUUAUAUAAAGUAGAAAAAAGUCAAGAUGAAAAAGAAUAAAGAAGGGAAAAUAUG